GAGAAGAGUCUCUCCAGAUCAGAACCCCCCAAAAAACACCUGCAGAGAUCCACAGGGAAGAGAACUCACUGCUGCUCUGACUGUGGGAAGAGAUUCACCUCAUCAGGCAUUACAAUUCAUCAGCGAACACACACAGGGGAGAAAUCUUAUAGCUGUAAUCAAUGUGGGAAGAGUUUUACUACAUCUGGCUCUCUGACUUUACACCAGAGAACACACACAGGAGAGAAACCUUAUAGCUGUACUCAAUGUGGAAAGUGUUUUACUCAGCUCAGCAGCCUAAUAACACACCAGAGAAUACACACAGGAGAGAAACCUUAUAGCUGUACUCAAUGUCGGAAGAGUUUUAAUAAUCCAUCCGGCCUGAUAUCACACCAGAGAACACACACAGGAGAGAAACCUUAUAGCUGUACUCAAUGUGGGAAGAGGUUUACUCAACAAUGCAACCUGAUAUCACACCAGAGAACACACACAGGAGAGAAAUCUUAUAGCUGUGAUGAAUGUGGGAAGAGUUUUGCCCAAUCUGGAGCGCUGACAGUGCACCAGAGAAUACACACAGGAGAGAAACCUUAUAGCUGUGGUCAAUGUGAGAAGAGUUUUGGUCAAUCUGGAGAUCUGAGAGUUCACCAGAGAACACACACAGGAGAGAAACCUUAUAGCUGUGGUCAAUGUGGGAAGAGUUUUGGUCAAUCUGGAGAUCUGAGAGUGCACCAGAGAACACACACAGGAGAGAGACCUUAUAGCUGUGAUCAAUGUGGGAAGAGUUUUGCCCAAUCUGGAGCGCUGACAGUGCACCAGAGAAUACACACAGGAGAGAAACCUUAUAGCUGUGGUCAAUGUGAGAAGAGUUUUGGUAAACUGGAGAUCUGAGAGUUCACCAGAGAACACACACAGGAGAGAAACCUUAUAGCUGUGGUCAAUGUGGGAAGAGUUUUGGUCAAUCUGGAGAUCUGAGAGUGCACCAGAGAACACACACAGGAGAGAGACCUUAUAGCUGUGAUCAAUGUGGGAAGAGUUUUGCCCAAUCUGGAGCGCUGACAGUGCACCAGAGAAUACACACAGGAGAGAGACCUUAUAGCUGUAGUCAAUGUGGGAACAGUUUUGCUGCAUCAAGAACUCUGACUCAACACCAGAGAAUACACACAAGAGAGAAAUCUUUUGUCUGUGAAUAAUGUGGGAAGAUUUUUGGCAAUCUGGCCAUCUGGUAUCACACCAGAGAGCACACACAGGAGAGAAAUCUUAUAGCUGUGAUCAG